AUGGUCAAUUGCUCUCCAACCAAUGAAGAAUCUUGUGAAACUCUUAGCUAUAAUGGAAAUAGGUUUUUCAAUAGCUUGGGUUCUAAUAGAAUAGUUGGUAAUGGAACCAGUUAUUGUUUUCAAAUCAAUAUUAUUACUCAAAUUGGUAUUGCUAGUGUCGAAAUAAAUUCAAAUCUAGUAAUUGACAACCUUUCUUGUUUAGUACUAGAUUUAAAUAUAUGCGAAUUUAAACCUAUUGGUAAUGUAUCAUUUAAUACAGGAGACCCGUUUACGACACAUAUUUCCCGGUUGUAUGAAGCAGUUAGUACUAGUGGUGAUAUUGACUUCUCAAAAGUUGAUUAUAUAGAUAUGAAUCCAAUUACAUCAACAAAAGAACUACAAUCAUAUAUUGGUAUUCAAAUUCCAAACUAUAAAGAAUCUGUUAUUAUUGACCCAGACUUUUCAGUUCUUGUAGAUUCAUACUCUGCGUCAUCCAAAUCAGACUCUAUUUGCCCAUCCAACUCCAAAUUAAGUGCUACUAAAAUUGCAGGUAUUAUUGUGUGGCUUUUAUCUUAA